CCCGCAAGCGCCCUCCCCAGCAGACAGCAAGUAAGCGCGCGCGCGGCAGAGGCCAGUCAGAGGCAGUCAAUCGCCAAAGCUCAGGGCAAUACAGAUAGUACAUGCUCCCUCUGUAACCGCUUUGGCCUUGUAGACUUUACCUUGAUCUGCAACCAGCACCCACUCGCUUCCCUCCACCGCACUGUACAUCCAUCCCCACCGCUGCCAAUCACCCAAGUAGUAGCCAAGUAUAUAAAACCGCCGCUCGCCGCCGCCGCUUCUUUUGGGGACUGCAUCUGUUCCCCACCAGCAACUCAAACACGGCCGAAUCAACCUCCCCCACCCGCCACACCACUUCGUCGGCCGCCCGAGAGACACCCUCGCAGCUGCGCAUCGCCAAACAGCUCACCUCUGCCGGCGACAUUCUUUGGGACCCCGAUUUCACCUCUCGCCCGCCGCCCGGCAAACUCAAGCCCACUCACGCUGCCACCUUCACCGUCGCCAACCGCACUGACUCAUCCAUCAGCGUACACAACCUUGAAGGCGGCCAGUCCGUUCCUGCCCCCGCCAACCCCGCCAUGGACAACCGCAAGCACCCCAGCUCGUUCCAGCAGCUCGAGAAGCUGGGAGAGGGAACCUAUGCAACCGUGUUCAAGGGCCGCAACCGCCAGACCGGCGAGCUGGUCGCUCUCAAGGAGAUCCACCUCGAUUCCGAAGAGGGCACCCCCUCCACCGCCAUCCGCGAAAUCUCUCUGAUGAAAGAGUUGAAGCACGAAAACAUUGUUCUUCUUCACGAUGUUAUUCACACCGAGAACAAGCUCAUGCUCGUCUUCGAAUACAUGGACAGAGAUCUUAAGAGAUAUAUGGACUCCCGUGGUGAUAGGGGUGCUCUGGAUCCCCCAACCAUCAAGUCUUUCAUGUACCAGUUGCUUCGGGGCAUAGCUUUCUGCCACGACAACCGCGUGCUCCACCGUGAUUUGAAGCCUCAGAAUCUGCUCAUCAACACUAGCGGCCAACUCAAACUGGCCGAUUUUGGUCUGGCCCGCGCUUUUGGAAUCCCAGUCAACACCUUUUCAAACGAAGUCGUCACCCUGUGGUAUCGCGCUCCCGAUGUUCUGCUGGGCAGCAGAACGUACAACACCAGCAUCGAUAUCUGGUCUGCCGGUUGCAUCAUGGCUGAAAUGUACACGGGCCGGCCUCUCUUCCCCGGUACCACCAACGAGGACCAGCUCCAGAAGAUCUUCAGACUCAUGGGCACCCCCUCGGAGCGGUCGUGGCCUAGAAUUUCACAACUGCCCGAGUACAAGGCCAACUUCCCCGUCUUUGCUACUCAGGACCUUCGCAUCAUCUUGCCGCAAGUUGAUCAAGUCGGGCUGAAUCUGCUCAAUGCCAUGCUCCAACUCCGUCCGGACAUGCGCAUUUCAGCCACUGACGCACUUAACCACCCGUGGUUCAACAACCUACCUCAGCGUCAGCAACAUCAGGCUCAUGCUAUGGCCCAGGCACAAGCACAACAGGCUCAGAUGGGUGGUUACCAAGUUCCCCAAGGUGCCUACUGA